UGGCACUUGGCACGGACGCACGGUUGCGCCACAAUGGACGAACACCAACUCACAGCGCUGUAAAAGCGCAGCAGCGCUUGCUCUUGCACGACCAAUUACCUAACAAAACUGUCAUUGAAGUAGAACGAAAUUUCAACCGUGAGAAAGGGUAAAUUGUCUUGUGGGGUUGGUCAGACCGUCAGAGUGUCACUGUGACUCGAGAGAGCAAUUCACCAACGUCUUUUGUUUUCUUGAACGGAACAACCAAAGAAAAAGGCUCGUGGCUCGACCUCGAAGCCUCCUCGAACCAUGGGACUCUGAGUCUCUGAGUCUCAUCUGACAGCGAACGAUAUCCAUAAUAUCUUAGAAAUAAACCCGCUUACGCCCAAAUUCUGAGAUAUUCCGAUAUCUAUAUUCGUAUUCUGUCUCUCUUUCCCUGCUUUUUAUUUCCCUCCUUGAUUUGUUUCUGCGAUUUCCAGCAGAAGUUCUUCCUUUUUUCUAGAUCUAUACCUUUGAAUUUUAUUUUUUCUGUUAAUUAAGAAAACAUGUCAGACGCGUUGAUCAAUGGGUUGGCUGGUGCUGGAGGAGGGAUUAUUGCUCAACUCAUCACAUAUCCCCUGCAAACUGUUAAUACUCGUCAACAGACAGAACGUGAUCCGAAGAAGACGAGGAGGAAAGUUGGAGCCUUAGAACAAAUGUGUCAGGUGGUUAAGCAAGAAGGAUGGGAGCGUUUGUAUGGAGGCUUGACGCCGUCCUUAGUGGGUACUGCUGCAUCGCAGGGUGUUUAUUACUACUUCUAUCAAAUAUUUAGGAGCAGGGCAGAAGUUACUGCACUUGAUCGUUGGAGGAAGGGAGUUGGUGAUGGAUCAGUAGGGAUGUUAUCGUCACUUGUCGUGGCUGCAUUAGCAGGGUGUGUAAAUGUGCUGUUGACUAACCCUAUAUGGGUAGUUGUUACUCGUAUGCAGACACACACAAAGAUGACAACAAAACCUAGACCCAGUCAUAAUCUAUCAACUGUUCCAGAUGAAGCGAUUCUCGCUGUUGUGGAGACUCCACCUUAUGGAACUAGCCAUGCUGUCCAGGAAGUCUAUGAUGAAGCUGGAGUUUGGGGUUUUUGGAAAGGCGUAUUUCCAACACUUAUAAUGGUGAGCAAUCCAUCCAUACAGUUCAUGUUGUAUGAGACCCUGUUGAAAAAGUUGAAGGGGAGACGCACCACAAGUAAGAAGGGAAAUGAUGGGGUAACCGCUUUGGAGAUUUUUCUUCUUGGAGCUGUCGCUAAACUUGGAGCAACUGUGGUGACAUAUCCCGUUCUUGUUGUGAAGGCGAGGCUUCAAGCAAAGCAAGUUACUGGUGGUGACAAAAUGCUUCAUUAUAAAGGUACUCUUGAUGCGAUUAUGAAGAUGAUCAACCAUGAAGGCUUUUCUGGCUUUUACAAAGGGAUGAGCACAAAAAUUGUACAAAGUGUGUUUGCUGCUGCCAUUCUAUUUAUGGUUAAGGAAGAACUUGUUAAAGGGGCCCGUAUGUUGGUGACAAGGAAUGCCAGCUUGAUUAAAGUGGCAAGAUCUAAGCCCCCAUGAUUUUUGUGUUGUUCUUAUCUUUUUCUUUCUUGUAUUAAGUUUUGGUUUUCUUUAAGAAUCUUGGUAGCAAUUGCUUGACCUAAUUUGUACAUUGGAAAUGAAAUGCCAUUGCGGCACAGCAUUGUAACUUUUUCUCGGUAAA